AUGCCGCCACGUCAGCACGUAGUCGCAACGACGCCUGCUGAAGCCGCUCCCGAACUUCUAAACCGCUCUCCACGUUCGUCCACCCUUCCGAACCACCUUCCGAACCACCCGCCAUACCAUUAUCCGAACCACCCGCCGAACCAGCGGUACCGCCCACAACCCGAGCCCGGUAACGACGCUCGGCCCUUCAGCGACCAGCACAUUCCUCUUUCCGCCGACGCCCCCGCUAAGCGCGACCGCGCCAACCGCGCCCUCCGCAAGGGUAUCUCCGCCUCGUCCGCGCAAUUAGAUCCGCCUAGUUCCGUGCGCCAUCGAAAUGAUGACUCUAGGCAGUGUGACGAUAUCGGUGGUGAGCACAACGAGCUCACGGAAUAUCUUUUUGGAGAGGGGGGGGUUGGAGCUGGCGCGUGGGUUUCUGGCGGUGAUGAGUUCGAGCGCGGAACUGGCGGCGGGUUUGGCGGCGUUGCGGGUGGCGGUACUGGUGGCAGCGGUAGAUUCGACGACGCGAUAAGAGACGAUCCGGGACGAGGGGUCUCUAAUGCUCGGCAUGUUAUGGCCAAAUCUCCGUCUGCGCGCCGUGCCGGCGACAAUAGCCGACCAGCCGUAAACCGCCGGCAGGAGUGGCGGAGGGGCAGUGACGGGCUGUCAGGUUGGGUGGAUAAUCCCGAGGAUGUGCCCGAGCCUAUGCCCAUGGUUCGGCGCCAUACCACGGGCAUAGGGGGUGUGGCAGUUUCGCGCGGGGAGAGGGGGAAGGUGGGGGAGGGGACUGGGGAAGACGGUCAGUGGCGGAGCGGGUUACAAGGGGAGAGGGCGGAGCGGGCGCAGGGAGUGCUGCUGCAGCGGCGAUCGAAAACGGGACCUGAUUAUCCCAGAGGCAACACGCUGGUUGCCGCGGGGAGUACGGCGGGGAACGCGGCAGCAGGUGCUUCUUGGGGAGGCGCAUCGGGACACGGGGAGAGCUUCGGCGGCUUUGGCGGGGGGUUCAGAAGCGCGGGCGGCGCGCCGAAGUCUUCCUCAGGCGGAUCGGUGCAAAGCGGUGCCAGUGAGGGGCAGACGACGGGGGAAGCGCGGAUAGGGGCGGAGCAGCAGAGAGCCGCGGGAGGUAGCGGCAGACUGGCGGGCGCUGGAGGCGGGAACAGCGGGGGGAGGGAAGGCGCAGGCGGAGUCGCGGGGAUCGGGGGACCCCGCGGGGUGCGCGCGGGGAGCAUAGGCAUCAUAGCUGCUGCGGCGGCGGGGAUUGGGGGAAGCAGCGGUGAGGGGGGGCGGAGAUCCCCCAGAGCGGACGCCGCCUUGUACUUCCCCAAAUCGCGCAGCCUUGCUGUGCCGAAAUCCCCGCUUUCCGCUGCGCCGCGCGUUGUUCCGCCGCCCCUCACUCCCCAGCCCGUGCUUCCCCCGGUUUCUCCCGCCCGCCACCGCUUCCCCAAGUCCCCCUCCUCCUCCGCGCGCGCCUUAGCGCGUUCCGCCAAUGCUUCCCCCACCACUGCUGCCCCAGGAUUAUCACCUCACUCUAGCACCAGGGGAGCGGAAAAGACGGGAGGGGCGGCAGGGGCGCGUGGGGCGGAAGUGGGGGGAGAAGCGGCUGCUGGUGGUGCUGACGCUGGCGGUGCUGGUCUGUUCCCCGCCUACCCUGCCUCCUCGUCUUUCUCGUUUGACUCUAACCAGGCAUCGUUACAGUCACCCACGUCCUUGCAUUAUGACCCUGUUGGUGGGCAUGGUGGUUACGGUGGGGAUGGGGGAGUAGCGGCAGGUGGGUUGGAACGCAUGGGCCAUACACAGCCGCAGCAGCCGCAGCAGCAGCAGCAGCAGCAGCAGCAGCAGCAACCGCUGCUGGUAAGGCCGCAGGAGCAAAGAAUUUCGCCCUCCGUCUCCCCGCCCUUCCUCUCCGCCCCUACCCUGACCGUCCGCAGCAACAGCGGAAAGUUUCGCCGCCCCGCUGCCCUGGAUCUCGGGCAGCUCUCGCCAACCAAUCAGCUGGAGCCAGAGGACGCGGAGGAAGAAGACGGGCAGGAAGUUAUGGUGCGAUUGGGAGAUGAGGAAGAGGAGGUGGUGGAGGAAGGGGAGGGGCUAACACGCGAGCAGUAUAUGCAGCAGCCACAGGGUCAGGAACAGGUGGGGAAGGCAGACGGGGCGGAUCAGCAAGGGUGGGAGGAAGAGGUUUAUUACUUAGACGAGCAGGAUGACGUGUCAGAAUACCAGAAACAGCAGUACCACCAACAGCAGAAGCAGCAGCGGCAGCCUCACCAGCAGCAGCAGCAGCAGCAGCCGCCGGCAGUAGCUGGGUCAGCUGCAGCAGGCCACUCCCGCACCAAGCCUAAGCCCCGAGCCUUGGUGACUGGUUCGGCAGAUUGGUCCGGCGACAAUGGCAGCACCACGCUUCUAGACUCUCUAGAGCCUCUUGCUGGUGAUCCGGAUGAGGAGGAGGAGGAGGGGGAGGGGUACGGGGGGUACGACUGGGGGGAGAUGGAGGAGGGAGAGGAGGAGAAGGAGCGAGAGGAGGCUCGGAGGAAAGGGCAUAGACGGACGGGGAGUCUGGGGGGAGGAGGGGUGGGAGGGGGAGGGGCGGGAGGGGGAGAGGGAGAAAGAAACGGAGGGAGAGGGCAGAGACGGCAGGCGUUUAUUCAAAAGCUGAAGGGCCUGGCCUCACCGCGUUUUAGGGAGGAUAAGGGGAAGGCGAGGGGGUGGCAGGGGGAGGAUGGGGAGGCGGAGGGGAAGCAGGAGGAGGAGGGGAAGAAGGCCGGGGGGAAGGGUGAGGGGAAAGGGGGGAAGGGAGUGGGAAGGAGGAAUGCAGUGACUCCCGGGGCUGGGGGAGGGGGAGGGGGAGUGGGCGGGUGGGGGCGCAGUAUCACAGGGGAGAGGACGAGGAGGGAGGCAGACGCAGUGGUAUCGGCAACAGGGAAGGGCGGAGGCAAGGAGAGGGAGAAGGAGAGGGAGGGGGAUCGGGAGAAGGGGAGGAGGAUGGUAGAGGCACUCUUAGACAUGCCCACGAGGAGGGUGGAGUCACCAGCAAGAGGGAAGGCCAGGACGGAGGUAGCGAGGCCGGGGAUAGCAGGCAGUCGUGGGGCAGGAGGGGCGGGCGGAGGGGCAGGGGGAGGGGCAGGAGGGGUGGGCGGAGGAGGGGCAGGAGGAGGGGCAGAGGGGGAGUCUAUGCGCAAGAGCACAGACGGUUUGUUCAAGGAGGCAAAGGGCUUGUCGUUGUGGGAAAAGCGCAAGGUCGGAGGGGCAGCGGGAGCAGGAGGGAAAGGAAGCGAGGGAGGUGGGGGAGGAGAGAAACAUUCCCCUGCUUCUACCAGCACUCCCACUGGCACACCUGCUGCUGCUGCUGCUGCUGCCGCUGCUGUUGCUUCUGCAGCUGGCGGCGGUUCGUCUGGUUCUGCUCCAUCCGUGUCAGGUUCGGGCCGAACCGGCUCGUCCACGCCGAAGAGCGCAGCAGGUUCGGGCAAAGCCUCUUCGCCUGGCUCUGCCAGUGCCACCGGCAGUCCCUCUGCCAAUUCCCCUGCUGGUGCCACUGCUAAUGCCCCUUCUGUUGCCGCCACUGGCGGUGCUGGUGCUUCUGCUACUGCUAAAGGCCGAGCAGACACCAGGAGCAAAAGCCCUCGCACCAGCAGGACUAAAAGCCCGGGGAAGAGAGACGAACAGGGUCCCGGGAAGCUAAGUUCCGGGCAGACCGAGAAGAAAAGCUCUUCGCGAACCACCAGCCCGAAAACUCUGAGUCCCAGGACCCCCCGCGGCGACGGGCAGCAGCAGCAGCCGGGCACGGGCAGCACAGAAGGAAUUUUCGAGCGCGGGUUCACAGACAUCCGGAAGAGAUUCGAGGUCGGGCAGCAGAUCGGGCAGGGGCGGCGGGGGGUGGUGGUGUAUAUGUGUGUGGAGAGGCGCACGGGGCGGGCGUAUGCGUGCAAGGCGAUAGACAAGGCGACUCUGGUGGAGGCGAGGAAGGUGGCGGCUGUGCGGGCUGAGGUGGACGUUAUGAGGACGCUGCUGGGAUGGCCGCACGUGGUGGGGAUCAAAGACGCACUAGAGGACGAAAAGCGGCGCACGGGGCGGGCGUAUGCGUGCAAGGCGAUAGACAAGGCGACUCUGGUGGAGGCGAGGAAGGUGGCGGCUGUGCGGGCUGAGGUGGACGUUAUGAGGACGCUGCUGGGAUGGCCGCACGUGGUGGGGAUCAAAGACGCACUAGAGGACGAAAAGCGGCGCACGGGGCGGGCGUAUGCGUGCAAGGCGAUAGACAAGGCGACUCUGGUGGAGGCGAGGAAGGUGGCGGCUGUGCGGGCUGAGGUGGACGUUAUGAGGACGCUGCUGGGAUGGCCGCACGUGGUGGGGAUCAAAGACGCACUAGAGGACGAAAAGCGGCGCACGGGGCGGGCGUAUGCGUGCAAGGCGAUUGACAAGGCGACUCUGGUGGAGGCGAGGAAGGUGGCGGCUGUGCGGGCUGAGGUGGACGUUAUGAGGACGCUGCUGGGAUGGCCGCACGUGGUGGGGAUCAAAGACGCACUAGAGGACGAAAAGCGGCGCACGGGGCGGGCGUAUGCGUGCAAGGCGAUAGACAAGGCGACUCUGGUGGAGGCGAGGAAGGUGGCGGCUGUGCGGGCUGAGGUGGACGUUAUGAGGACGCUGCUGGGAUGGCCGCACGUGGUGGGGAUCAAAGACGCACUAGAGGACGAAAAGCGGCGCACGGGGCGGGCGUAUGCGUGCAAGGCGAUAGACAAGGCGACUCUGGUGGAGGCGAGGAAGGUGGCGGCUGUGCGGGCUGAGGUGGACGUUAUGAGGACGCUGCUGGGAUGGCCGCACGUGGUGGGGAUCAAAGACGCACUAGAGGACGAAAAGUGCGUGUACAUCAUCAUGGAGCUCUGCUCGGGAGGAGACCUGUUAGAUCACAUCAACUCCUCUCCGUUCAUCUCCGAAAGAGAGGCAGCCAUCAUCCUGCGCGUGCUGGCAGAGACGCUGCGGUCGUGCCACAACCACGGCAUCAUGCACCGCGACUUAAAGCCCGAGAACAUCCUGCUCGCGCAACCCGGGUGCUGGUGGGACCUGCGCCUGGCUGAUUUCGGAUUCUCUGUGCACCUUAAAGCCGGAGAGCGCAUGACGGGAUAUGCCGGUUCACCUUUUUACAUGGCACCAGAGGUCCUUGACAGCAUCUACGGGCACGAGGCAGACGUGUGGAGCCUGGGGGUGAUCCUCUACACCAUGCUCUCCCAGAAGCUGCCCUUCUGGGACGACACGGACGCGGGUGUGUAUCGGCAGAUCAAGCGCGCCCAGGUGGACAUGGAGAGCGGCGUGUGGCCGGCUAUUUCAGAUGAGGGGAAGGAUCUUGUGCUUGGGAUGCUGUCCGCGGAUCCGCAUCAACGAAUCACUCUGGAUCGAUUGCUCGGUAUGUGCCCUGCUGCACGGUUGUUGUACGGGUUUCUGUUUGUUUUUGACGUCGUUCCCUUCUGGGACGACACGGACGCGGAAGGAUUUGGUGCUCGGGACGCUCUCAACCGACCCGCACCAACGAAUCACUCUGGAUCGAUCGCUGGGUACGUGCCGUGUGGGUUGUAG